GUUGUCUUCGUUGCUCUUCGUUGCUCUUUGUGACAACAUCUAAUAUUGCUGUUGUCAACUACCUAACCUACCUAGUUACCUGCCUCUCUACCUUUGCCUCUAUCUAUUUCUUAUUGAUUUAGGUAGUAAUAUGGAUACUAUAAAUGACGAUUUAGGCCCCCCAAUAUCAGAGACGCGUCGUCGCGUGUAUCCAAAGCCGUCCAUCGUGCCGCUUCUGGUUUUGUUGCUAUUGGUCAAUCUUGGAACUACUCUUUAUCAACUACCGCUAAAUCGGGUCAUCGAGAAGCGUCUCUGUCGGGAAUACUAUAUCAUUCAUGACCCCUCUAUCAUCGAUCCUGGUGGAAACAUCAGCGAGAGGUAUUGCAAGAAAGAUGCUAUCCAACAGAGCCUAGCUUGGACAACUGGGACUAUGGAGACGUUGUGGAUUGUCGGAGACUUUGUUAUGACUAUUCCUUUGGGGUUCGUAGCUGAGAAGUACGGCCGAAGGACCGUCCUCUGGCUCAACCUUAUACCGAGGCUCUUUAUGCUUGCCUGGGCCGUGGUAGUCGGCUAUUUUGAAGAGAGUCUGCCUCUGAAAGCCAUUGUUGCUGGCCCAAGUCUUUCCGUCUUCGGCGGUGACUGCGUUUUUAAUUCCAUCAUAUAUGCUCUUGCAGCUAGCUUAACAGAAGACAAUGUCGCCAGGGCAACUUAUUUCAGCUGGAUUAACGCUGUAUCAUAUGUAGUUACAUUUGUUGGCCCCGGAUUUGCUGGCGCAACUAUGACCUUGAACCUAUUCCUACCAUUUUUAAUCGGUAUCUGCCUAUUGCUAUUGGCCAUUCCCACAGUAUCACUUCUGGCAGAUCCGGCACAUAUCCCAACGGCAUCAGAAGAUGAGCAACGGCAGCCUCUCAUAUCAUCACCCAUAUUAAAGGCUCAAGAAACAGAUACAUACAUCCUAAAACCCGUUGUUGAGCGCAUUCGUACUCUCUUUUAUAUUGUUAAAAGUCACCCAAUGAACCUCAUUCUCUUGCUAGUUGGCUUUUUUCUCACUUCCCUUGCAAGCUCCGACACCAAACUUUUACCCCAAUAUAUAUCAAAGAGAUAUGAUUGGAGUUUUGCUAAAGCUGGCUACCUCUUAUCCGCGAAGGCUAUUGUAAAUUUUACGCUCCUAACCUUCGUAAUCCCGGGCAUUCUAAGGUCUAAAGCCUCUGUUAAUCAGCCCCAAUCUCAGUCUCUUUCCGAUAGACACAAUGUUCGCUAUGCUCGAAUCUGCUUAGUCGUCUCUGUCUUGGGGGCGUUGGCGAUUUCUUCUGCAGUUACAAUUUGGCUCUUAUUUCCAUCUCUUCUAUUAUACGCACUCGGAUCCGCGUUGCCCGUCUUUACGAUGGGUUUAUUGAAAUCUCGAUCGGUGUCACCAAAGGAUGAAGAUCAGCCGGCAAACCCAACCGAACCCGAAACGCACAUAUUCUCUAUCGUCAUGAUGGUGAAAACUCUUGGCUCUCUGGUAGGGGCACCUUUAAUGGCAACAUUAUGGGUUCGAGGUAUUGGGACGGGCGUUCUUGGUAUCCCAUAUUUAGUGAGCGCAGCAUUGUACCUUACCGCAAUCACUGUCUUUGCUGGCAUUAGAGUGUUAUGAAUAUUACAUACAAUACAGUGAAUAAAAAGAGCACAAUAUCUAUUAAGAAAUUAACAUAGAAACGAGAGCAACAGCUUAGGAAAGCAUACAAUACCAUGGAUUUCCUAGUUGCCACUUUAGGAUCUGACAAGCUCAACACUUUCCAACAUAACAAUAGGCCAUUCACUCUGCAACCCGUGUUUUACUAACCCUUACUUCCGCCAAGUGCUAUCUAUUAACGAUUGGGGAAGAGCUUAUAUGCCAGGUACAGUUUUAAU